UGAGGCCAAGCGCGCGCGCGCCUUUCCCGCCUUCCUGGAGCGCGAGGGGGCGCGUGGCCGCGGGGAGCUGGGCUUGCGCGCGCCUUUCCCGCCACCCGGGGCGCGAGGGGCUUGAGCGGGGGAGGGGGAGGGGCUGCAAUUCCAGAGGCGCGCGGCGAUGCCUGACGGUGCGGCCUCCGCCGUGCCCGGCCCCAUCCACGUCGACCCGGCUUCCCUGCGGGCGGCGGCGGCGGCGGCGGCGGCGGCGGCGGGCGGGGGGAGCCCCCCGACCGCGCUGCACCUGCUGCCCUGCGAGAUCCGGCACGACGGGGCGGCGGCCGUCAGCCGCUACUUCAGCCCGGCCGUCCGGCCCACGCCUUCAGGGCCGGUGGUGUCCUUCAGAGGCCGCAGUCUGCGGGGAGAAGAGGUCCGGCUGCCCCCCGGCUAUGUGGGGCUGGUGCUGCAGGAGCCCGAGAGGCCGCUAGACCAGGAGGAGGAGCGAACUGUCCGAGCGACGACCGCCUUCAGCAGCUUUACGGCGUGGGGGCUGGAGACGGCCCCCGGCCCCGACGCCGGCAUCCACGGAGCCCUGGUCUGGCCCGGCCUGGCCGCCGCGAUUCACGCGGCAGUGGACGAAGCCGAGCAGUGAAGCCGCAGGAGUCCCGCUGAAGCCUGCCUGCCUGCCCCCACCCCCGCCUCCCCAAUAAAAGACUUUGCGGAUAACC